GUUAGAUUCAAAGGUGCCUAUAAAGCGGCCCGCACGGCCGCCCUUGCCCGAGUCUGAUGCGGUCCGUCCCGUCCGACUGCUGCGAUGGCUCUGCGCCCCGAGGGUCUGGACGAGCUGCCCGCCGCCUGCCUGUCGCCGUGCGGGCCGCCCAACCCGGCCGAGCUGUACAGCGAGGCGCGGCGCCUGGCGCUGGAAGAGCUGGUGGCCGGCGGCCCCGACGCCUUCGAGGCUUUCCUGCGGCGCGAGCGCCUGGGCCGCUUUCUGAACCCCGACGAGGUGUGCGCCAUCCUGCGGGCGGCCGAGCGGCCCCGCCAGGAGGGUGCGGCGGCGGGGGCCGAGGACUCCUUCGGCUCGUCGCACGACUGCUCGUCCGGCACCUACUUCCCCGAGCAGUCGGACCUGGAGCCGCCGCUGCUGGAGCUCGGCUGGCCCGCCUUCUACCGGGGCGCCUAUCGCGGCGCCACGCGCGUCGAGGCGCACUUCCAGCCCCGCGGCGCGGGCGCCGGCGGCCCCUACGGCUGCAAGGACGCGCUGCGCCAGCAGCUCCGCUCCGCGCGGGAGGUGAUCGCCGUGGUGAUGGAUGUUUUCACGGACAUCGACAUCUUCAGGGACCUGCAGGAAAUAAGUCGGAAACAGGGAGUUGCCGUCUACAUCCUUCUGGACCAGGCUCUGCUCUCGCAGUUUUUGGAUAUGUGCAUGGAUCUGAAAGUGCAUCCUGAGCAGGAGAAGCUGAUGACCGUUCGGAUUACUGGAAAUACUUACUAUGCAAGGUCGGGAACUAAGAUAGUUGGGCAGGUUCAUGAAAAAUUCACACUGAUUGAUGGCAUUCGAGUGGCUACAGGCUCCUAUAGUUUUACGUGGACAGAUGGCAAAUUAAAUAGCAGUAACUUGGUCAUCCUGUCUGGCCAAGUGGUUGAACACUUUGAUCUGGAGUUCCGAAUCCUGUACGCAGAGUCGAAGCCCAUCAGCUCCAAGCUGCUGUCCAACUUCCGGAUCAGCGGCAAGUUUGACCAUCUAGUCAACCCGAAGCCUCUGUCUAAGGAGCUCACGUUGGGCAACCUGCUGCGCCUGCGGCUGGCCCGGCUCUCAAGCACCCCCAAGAAGGCUGAGCUGGGGUUCGAGGCGCCCACCGAGGGCGGGGCAGAGGCCAGGCGCCAUGACUCGGAGUCCUCCACCAUCAGUGACAAGGACGACUUCAACAGCCACAGGGACAAACGAGAGGGCGGGAGGCUGACCGAUGCUGCCACUCAGACGGAGGCAGGAGAGGAGGCCCUAGCAGUGAGCGUGAGUGAUGCGGGGACCCAGGCCAGCGCCGCGACGGCGUGUGCCGGGACCCAGACCGCAGUCACCACCAGGGUGGCGAGCUCCCAAACCGUGGUUCGGUCCACGUCGGCCACCACCCAGACUGAUGUGGAUGAGAACGUUCUCUUUUCUCAGGGCACCCAGUCUAAAGAAGGGUCACCAGUGUCCAGGAUGUCUGUGUCAAGAUCUUCCAGUUUGAGAUCUUCCUCCUCUCUGUCCUCGCAGGGCUCCGUGGCGAGCUCCCUGGGUUCCCAGGCGUCCAGCAGAGCCACUGACUUUGUCCCCACUGGACAUUCCAAGUUUGGGUGCCCCCACUUGGAUCUGUGCUUGCGAGACUCCUUUAGGAACUUGAAUCAAGAGCGCCAGUUUCACUUUGCUGGCAUCAGGUCCCGGCUCAACCACAUGCUGGCCAUGCUCUCCAGGAGAACGUUCCUGACUGAGAACUACCUUGGUUUUCAUCCUGGAAAUGUUACCAGGGCCUCGGUGAAUCUGCUGUCUGUGAGAGAUAUUGCACUGUAUCCCUCCUACCAGUGACCACUCAGCAUUCAGCACCCGUCCCCCGAGCACCCUGCUUUGCAGCUCGUUCACCCGAUCUUUGGUCACCCCAAUUUUCUCUGACUUCUAUAAACUGCACAUUCUUUUACAUGCCUUUAUCUUAUUUUUGUCAUGUAUAAACCAGGUGUUGGUUUUAUGGUUGAAACGCUAUGGGUACAGUUUCUUUGCACGACUUUAAUAUUGGUAUCUCUUAAAGAGCGUGUUUAGGGGUUCUCAGGUUAAUUCAGGUAAAAGAAAAUACAUUUUGUGUUUUUCUAGAUAUGUGUGCUCUUCUGUUUUAGAGAUUUGAAUGACACUAGUUUUUAUGAUCAAAAUCUUGUUUAAGAAGAAACUUUCUUAUCGUCUGUCCCUUCUUUAGGAUAUCUAUGUUCUUAGUAUUAAAUAAAUAUAAAUAACUUUUGUGUGGUGAUUGCAUGGGUAUUAUUUUUCCCCUCUGGCACUUUUCUCUAGGAGUGUGUCACAAGUAAAUGCAUGUAAUAGCUAUUUUUUGCAGGUUUUUUUUUUUUUUUUAAAUAGUGUUGGGAUGGGGAAGAGGUAGAUCAUCCAAACUGUUAAAAGAGAAAAUAUCCACUUAGAAGUUAGAGGACGUAAAAUAAGUGUCAGGGCUGUGCCCUCCUUAGUGAUAGGAAUGUCGGUGUUACUAUCUGUGUAGUUUGAAGGAGGGAACUUGCCAGCAACUGCAGGUCUUUUCAUGUGCUCUGCUUGUCUUUUCUUCGCAGGAAAAGCUUGAGCUAUUUAGACAAGGAACUUGGUUCUCUGCUGCGCUGCCAAAGGCGGCCUUUGUGUGCGUUCGUGGAUUCAGCCCUGGUAUUAACUCUGGUGGCCCCAUGGGCCUAAUUUCAUCAGAUGGGUGUACUGACAAUGAUUUAGCAAUCUCAUAUCCUGGAGUAGUGGCAGAAGAGGACACUGACAAUUAUCCCAGAUUCCAGGUCCUGUGGCAGGCCAUGCAACUGGUUUCUACACCCUGCUAAUCAGGAUUGGUAUGCUGUGGAUUCCUGUUUUUGUCCAGUCUCGUUUGUGUGGACAGACCAAAGCAAGAGAAUUAAAGGGUGGCCUCCUCCUUCUGAUUUGGCCAAAGCAAGAAAGAUCUGUCACAGGGGAGGGUAUCUUCUGCCACAUAGGCACAUGCUCAUGCACUGGAUCAUGAGCAUGCCUGUGGGUUUUCAUGCGUGCCCUGGGUCUCCCUCAUGGUCCCCAGGCUGGUUAUUUGCUGGGCUCAUGCCUUAGUCUGGGCUGUGAAGCCGGCCAGACAUCUGGCUCGUGUCCGGUUGUAAACAGCUCGGGCCUAAGCCUCACACAAACGUAUAGUUGAUUGAAACCGUUUGCAGAUUUAGAUCAUUUCCUAUGUUCUGUCUUUGACCCUCGCAACAAAGUAGCGCUGGGACAGCUGUUACUCCCCAUAAUCGAGCAAAGAAACAGAAGCUCAGAUGCAGUGGCAUAUUUUAGGCCGCAAGGCUGGUAAACAGUGACGUAGGCGUGGAACACAGGUUUUUUUUGGAGUGGGAGUCCAGUAGUUGGUUGUACGACUCUCUGCAGGAGGGUGGGGGCAGUACAGGGUGUACCUCGAGAAGUGGCAGUUAAUACACUGAUGAGUUGAAACUAAAAACUUAACCUCACUAACGUCAUUCCCUGAAGGUAUUGCCAAUGGUUAGAAAUUAGAACAAAAGAAAUAUGGGAUCCCAAGGAAAUGGCUAGGUCUCUUAGAGUGAGCAAAGCUUUUCUGGCAUUCAAGUUUGGAAAGAAUAUCAUUCCAGGGCAUAGCUGGUCAAGAUGAGGUCUGAGGACCACCUGCAUCAGGGUGAGCUGGGUCCUUGUUUACAAUGUCCAUUAUUGGCCCUUUUCCCAGGGGAGGGGAGGAUGAGUAGGGCAGACUAUUUGGUCCAAAAAUGUUGGUUGCCCCUUCCUGGGAGAGAAUUAUUAUUUCCUUAUAUGUCUAAUGUCAGACUUAGCCAUUGCAAACCUGGCUGUAAAUAUUUCAGUAUGUAUCUGUAAAAGAUCAAAACAAAAAACAACUCACUUUUAAAAACAACCACAAUACCAUGAUCCUACCUAAACAACUUUAAUAAA